AUGUCCAGGUGCGAAGUGGGGCGCGGGGCGCCAGCCACAGGUUGCGGGGGCUGCAAACAAAGGGCCCCUGCUGGUGCAGCGGGGACAGAGGCACAAGGACCCCACCUGCCCGACCCCGGCCAGGCCCUCUCCAUGGGUGCCACGGCUCCGCAGAGCCAGAAAACAUGGGGCUCCCUGUUUGGGCUGCUGCUCCGGCUCCCGCUGCUGCUGUCCCCGAGGCACAGCGUGCACACUGCGCUGUCCCCGGCCCCCCAGACAGAGCGCCACCGGCUCCCAGGGCCAGUGCUGCGGCCAGAGAGCACCCAGCAGGAGCCCGCUGUGUCUUCUGAAAGGUCCAACUUUUCACGAAGCUUUAACGAAGCCCAGCUUAUCAGAGAUUUCAAUGGCUAUUUGAUCACUGUGCUCUCUGUCUUCCGCUCAGGAGUGGAGGAAGUCGUCAGCGUGACCACCUUUAACUCCCCAAGGGAAGUCACAGUCCAGGCUCAGCUGGCGGCCCAGGGCGAGGCAGUGGCAUGCAGCCAGGGAGCGAUCCUGCUUAAAGGAACCCUCCUUGCCCCUAUUCCAAGCAGGGCAGCACCCCGUUUCCCAUGCUCCGAGUUCUGCCUGCAGGUGCCCACGGGUCUCAGGGGCCAGGCCCUCCUGGAGGUGUGGGGCCGAAGCCAACGGGCAGAGGAGGGCCUCCUCUUCCACAACCAGACUUCAGCGACCGUAGAUGGCCAGGGAGCCUCCGUGUUCAUCCAGACCGACAAGCCCGUGUCCAGGCCCUGGCACCGAGUGUUCAUAAACAUCCUCACUGUCACCCCAGACCUGAGGCCCAUCAGUGAGAAGCUGGAAGCCUACAUCCCGGACCCCCGGGGCUCAAGGAUGGUGGAGUGGAGACGCGUGGAGCCGGUCUGCUGUGGUGCCGUCAACAUGAUCUUCCCCCUGUCUGAGCCGGUGCUGGGAGAAUCUCUUUUUGUCGAGAUGCAAGGCCACAUGCACAGCAAGUCCUUUGAAGCUCAGAAGUGUGUGCUGCCCAAGUUAGAGCUCCUGAUUGGCCCAUCCUACAUCCGGGACGUGGAUGCCUGCGAGAUUGGCACCGUGCAGGCCAGGGAAGAAGGGGGUGUUUACCUUUGGGAACCCAUCCCUGGGACCUUAACCAUCAACACGACUGUGAGUGGCCUGGCCUACGGCAGCCAGGAGGUGGGCACAGCUUUUGUCUCCUGCCUGCAGACUCACGGCUCCCAGGACUUUAACAUCUGUGUGAGGGACAUGAUCCCAGCUGACAUCCCUGAGCACUUCCGGGGCACAGUCAGCAUCUAGGCCACGGUGACCACCAUGGAUGGGGGCCAGCAGGUGGCCUUUGACGAUUCCAUCCCUGUCCAGAAGCAGCUGGUGGAUGUCCAGUACUCCAGGGUCACCAGGAAGCAGCUCAAGCCGGGCCUGUCCUAUGUGGGGAUGCCCCCUCCAGCCCCAGCAGCCGAGCUCGCUGUGUGCUCGGCCUCUCUCCCGCUGGCCGUGAACCCCAGCAUGGUUCCCCUCAGCCGCCUGCUGGUCUUCUAUGUCAGGGAGAAUGGAGAAGGGGUUGCCCACAGCCUCCAGUUCACUGUAGAGCCCUUUUUUGAAAAUCAGGUGUCACUGACGUAUUCAGCGAACGAGACCCACCCCAGGGAGCAUGGACGUGCAGGCAGCUGCGUGUGUGUCGCCGUGGUCGAUAAGAGUGUCUACCUGCUGAGGUCUGGUUUCUGGCUGACUCCUGCUCAGGUGAGUGGGGCCAGCCAGUCUGGGCUGACUAGAACACCCUUCAGGGUAUUGCGGGAAGACGGACCCUUCUGGUGGGCUGGGCUGACCUCCUGACGACACUGGCAUUCCUUCGUCUUCCAGUAGCCCUGGGGCGUCACCAAGGACUCCGGGUUCACCUUUAUUGAAACAGGACUGGUGGUGAGGACUGGUGCAGUGAGCCUGAACCAAUGGCAGGAUGGCAGCCUAUACACCGAUGAGGCUGUCCCUGCCUUCCAGCCCCACACAGGGAGCCUGGGGGCUGCAGCAUCUUCCGGGCAACCUCCCAGAGCAGAGAAGAGGAAAAGGACCUUGUUCCCAGAAACGUGGAUUUGGUGCCGUCUGAACGUCAGUGACCCAUCUGGCAAGGAGACGUUCAGCGUCCAGAUCCCUGACUCCCUCACCAGCUGGGUGGGCGAGGCUGGGGGUCUGCCCUCUGCGUGGGGCCUGGGCAUCGCCAAGCCCUCCCUGCUGAAGACCUUCAAACCCUUCUUUGUGGACUUCAUGCUGCCCCACCACGUGGGCCGUGGGGAACAGGUCCAGGUCCCACUCGGCAUCUACAACUAUGUGGGUGCCUGUGCCGAGGCAUAUGUGAAGAUCUCUGUUCCCAAGGGCAUCCGGUGUGUCGGGCACCGUGGCAAACGUCGUCUGACCAAGAAGGUGUGUGUGGCUUCUGGGGAGAGCCCACCUGGGUGGUUGUGUCCUUCAGCAAGUGACCUGGGACGCAGCAACAUCCCUGGUGAAGGCCCUGUUCUUCUUCGGGUGCCACCUGCAGGCCACCUGGGGGCCCAGGCGCUGGCCACAGGCACAGGCCUCCUUUUGGGCCCCACUUUCCGCUGCCCCAGUGGGGGAGAGGACACCGUGGCCAGAGCGCAGCACUGCCUGGAGUCCAGCGUAGCGGGGGCCUCGGAUCCCCAGGUCAGCGCCCCGACUGCCUGCACGCUGACCCUUCUCCGCAGCCCCACAGCCCCCGAGGCCCCUGCAGCCCUGCGGAAGCUCCGCAGCCUGGCCUUCACACAGAAUGGUGUCACUUGCUGGAGCCUGGAAGGUCCCCUGGACAGGAUCAAGGACACCUUCCCGAGCUUCAGUGCCGCCCCUUCCGUCGCAGUUGUCUCAGCGGAGGUGGAAAUGACAGCUUAUGCCCUGCUGAUCACCUUCCUGAGCGACAUGGCCACUGCCCUGCCCGUGGUGAGGUGGCUGUCCCAGCAGCAGAACACACUCGGGGGCUUCUCCUCCACUCAAGAUACAUGCGUGGCUCUGCAGGCCUUGGCAGAAUAUGCCAUCUUGUCCUACACUGGCGGCAUCAACCUGACCAUCUCACUGGCCUCCACCAACUUGGAUGACCAGGAGACCUUUGAGCUGCACGGGGCCGACCAGAAGCUUCUGUAGACCGCAGUGCUGAGUAUCCCCAGCCUCCCCACGGGGCUGUUUGUGAGUGCCACGGGUGAAGGCUGCUGCCUGCUCCAGAUUGGUGUCACCUACCGUGUGCCAGACCCGGUGGCCAAGCCGUCCUUGCAGCUCCUCGUGAGGCUCCAGGAGCCCGAGGCUGAGCAGCGGCACCCUGCACCAGCAUCCUCGGCCAGUGACGAUGACCGGGCAGCCGACCAGCAUCGCCAGGAGUACCAGGUGACCCUGGAGGUGUGCGCCAGUACUAAGUCUCCCUUCUUUCCAGAGCAGCCGAAACCAGCCUCUGCCUAUAAUUUCAACUAUGACCUGGUCCCUCUGGAUUCUGGGCACCUGGGCACCCAUGAGGCCAUGGACUUGGAGGAGGAGGCAGAGGAC